AUACUAAAAUUUCAACCUGCGAUUUUAACUAUAAAUAGUUUAAACUUAUCACAAAUUAUUAUCAGUUUCAUUUGUGAAUUCAGCUGAAAUAACUUCACCAAAAAAAAAACACUCAAUAUGUUCAAAUUCUUCGCUUUGUGCUUGUUGGCUAUUGUUGCCGCUGUCGCUGCUAAGCCAGCUAUUGUUGCUCCUUUGGCUUACUCAUCUCCAUUGGUAGCAUCUCCCUACACUGCUGCUUACACCGCUGGAUACGCUUCACCCUAUGUAGCUGCAGCUUCACCUUAUGUUGCUUCUCCAUAUGCCGCCUACUCUGCCUACCCAUACGCUGCUGCUUCAUACUAUGUUCGUUAAGAAUCAUGAAGUGACUGAAGUUUGAAAUCAAAGAGGAUAUGAUAUUGGCUUAAACUGAACAAUUUACGAAAUA